CAUCGUAAAUGAAGUACAUCAAUAUUUUUCAACAUGGCGUCUCGUGUGAGAUUUCUUCCCUCGGAUAUAAUUUGCCACCAACAUCCAGGAAAUGAAUAAAUAAAAAAGAAAAAUCAUGAAAAAUGGAGAGUAAUCUUCAAAAGCGCGUCGUUCUUUGCAAGAAUGGAGCUGCUGAAAACGGAAAGGUUGUUCUUGUUCCUAAAAGCAUCGAGGAACUGUGCUGUCUCGCUGAAGAGAAACUAAAAGUGCAGGAUUGUAAGUUGUACAAUCGCAAAGGAGCUCGAAUCGAUGAUAUGACUGUGAUCAGAGACGAAGAUGUCAUAUUUGUUUCAAACAAUGGAAGCUUUAAUGAUUCAUCUGAAGACUGGAUAACAUUGAAUGUUGGCGGAAGACAUUUCACAACGACUAAAGCAACUUUAAUUGGAAGCAAUCCCGACAGCAUGUUGGCUAAGAUGUUUUCUUCACAAAAUUGCUGGAGGAGUGCAAGAGACGAGAGCGGGGCUUACUUGAUCGAUCGAAGUCCUGACUAUUUCGCUCCUCUUCUCAACUAUCUCCGCCAUGGAAAGCUUAUUCUCAAUGAUGGCAUCAAUCCCUAUGGCGUUUUAGAAGAAGCAAAGUUUUUUGGAUUUACAAAUGUUGCCGAGCAAGUAGAGCAAAUUAUUAAGGAUUUAGAUAAGGAUGUAGACAAGCCAUUGACGAGGCAAGAAUUUGUUCGAAUAUUGCUGUCGACUCCGUCGAAUUGUGAACUAAGAUGUCAGGGCAUCAAUCUCGAAGGUGCCGACCUUUCCAGAUUGGAUCUACGUUACAUCAAUUUCAAAAUGGCGAACUUGCGGCGUGCUGAUUUAGCUGGAGCAAAUCUUUCAAAUUGUUGUUUUGAACGAUCAUGUUUAUCUGGUGCUCACAUGGAUGGUGCUUCGCUCAGCGGUGUACGAAUGCAGCGCGCUAAUCUUGAAGGAGCCUCACUCAUGGCUUGCAAUUUUGAAGAUCCAGCCGGAGUGAAAAGUGCGAACCUGGAAGGAGUAAAUAUGAAAGGUUGUGAUUUGGAAGCUAGUCAAAUGUCAGGCGUCAAUCUCCGUGUGGCCACGAUGAAAGGCGCUAAUCUACAGAACUGUAACUUGCGUGGGGCAAUAUUGGCGGGAGCUGACCUAGAGAAUUGUAAUAUGUCUGGAUGUGAUCUGCAAGACGCAAACGUCCGCGGUGCCAAUAUUGUCGGUUUGUCUUUGGAAGAAAUGCAGUCACCAUUACACAUGUCUUUAUGGGUACACACACAAUCGGGUCGUCACGAACACGAUACAGCACUUGAAAUGCGUCUCGACGAAUCAAUAAACAACAACGAGCACUUGAACACGUGAAAAGUGGGUUGUGAUGCCAUUCCUGUCGAUGUCUGACCAUAACAAUGCAAGCAAUCGGCCAUUUUUAUGUGUCAUGAUGAUGACACCGUACAGUAAGGCGUCUCGUUUUAAUGAUUUGCGCGAAGAUACUUUGAUUUUUCUAUUUGAUGGGAAUAUUUUCUUUGCAUUUUUUGCCGUUAUUGACAUUCCUGGUUCGAAACAAAUCUGAAAAUGAAAAAAAAGAUGUUUGCAGGAAGUUCUUGCAUGGAAAUUUUAUUUUCCUCGUGCUGUGCACGCAUCAAAAACGAAACGAAACGAGGGUUCCUAGUGGAUUUUAGGUCCUGCUUGUCGAAAUCAUUUUGGAUAAUUUACAAUACUUUUAAAGACUACUCGUGAAUUUUUGAUAGUCUCCAUUCUGAAUGUUUAGAAUAUUCAGACCUAUUAGUGAUGUAUUGUCAUUUCAUGAUUAGCAUCAUGUAUUUCAUAUUGAAAGUUAAAGCUUCCUUUAAGAGUCCUGUCAUUCAUGUUCUCUUCGCAACUUGAUUGGCCACCCCACCCCAGUGUUUCUUAUGAACUAUGAACUAGUGUCUAUGAUCAGAUGAAUAUGGUUUAACUUGUGAAGUUAUUGCAUUUUGAAGAACUGGGGAAAUAUUUAUAUAUACUGACGUCCAAUUUCCGUAUAUUUUAGUUACUUGUGCAGCUCAAAAAAUUAGGAAAUCUUAAACUUACAAAUCAUAGAUAUGCAUGCUUAAAAAAUAUGGAUGACAAAUAUACAGUUACAACACGUUCA